AUGAAGUUGAUAGAUGUAAUAUGCAAAUUGUUCGAAGAUUAUCGGCGAACAACCUCAUCAAAAUUAAAAAUCAUCGAUGCAUACAUGUUUUAUGUGUUUAUUAGUGGAGUUAUCCAGUUCAUUUAUUGUGUUUGUAUCGGUACUUUUCCAUUCAAUUCAUUCUUAUCCGGGUUUAUUUCGACAGUUGGAUGUUUUGUGCUUGCAGCCUCACUUCGUAUUCAAGUGAAUCCAGAAAAUAAGGCAAUUUUUCCACAAAUUAGUUGUGAACGGGCAUUUGCAGAUUUCAUCUUUGCACAUGUUAUUUUCCACCUUGUUAUUGUUAAUUUCCUCGGUUAA